CCCUGGACAGGCUCCUCCUCCUCCUCCACCCUGCAUUGCAGUGCUCAAAACCGAACAGUCGCCAUUCAAAUUCACACAGUCGCCAGAACAAGAACAGCUUUCAACCGGACAUAAACAGCGCAGUCAUGCUGUACCUCGCUUUGUUUUUCAUCUCCGCAGCCGUCGCCACCCCUCUGUUGGGUACUGAACAGUGUGCCCGUGGUCCUCCCUACUGGUGCCACAAUGUGAAGACUGCCUCUAUCUGUGGCGCCGUGGUCCACUGCCAACAGAACGUAUGGAACCAGCCCCAGAUGAAAUCUGUGCCGUGUGACCUGUGUAAGGAGGUGUUGAUUGUGGUGGACCAGCUGCUGAAAGACAACGCUACUGAGGGUGAGAUCCUGGGCUACCUGGAGAAGGCCUGUGCCUUGGUUCCUGACAAGAAUCUGUCUGCAGAGUGUAAGGAGCUGGUAGACAGCUACUACCCUAUCCUUAUGGGUAUCAUCACUGGAGAACUGGAGGAUCCUCAGGUGGCUUGUGGUGCCAUGGGACCUAGCCUCCAGAGGGUCGCCCCUUCCUCCUCAACGUCCCUGGCCCUCACCUCAGGCGUAGGAUACCCAAGCAGGAACCUGCAGCAGACACUCAGAGGAGGCGAAGAGCAACUCCACUUUGUCAACACUCUGAUCGAGCAGAUCCAGGACCAGUGUGACCUGCUGGGGCCUGGUAUCUCUGACCUGUGCAAGCAGUACGUCAGCCAGUACGCCCUCUUAUCGUCCAGCAGCUGA